AUGACUGGAGUUGGAGCAGCUUCUAUUGAUAAAAAACCAGCUAUGGAAGAAGACGAUGACGUCGUCAUACAACCAAAGGACUGUCCACCUGAUUCUCAAUUGCUAGGACGGUCAACAUGGACAUUAUUACACACAAUGGCAGCCAAUUACCCAGAGAAGGCUACAUUUGCAGAGCAAGCAGAAAUGGGCUCGUUUCUAAAUAUCUUCUCUAAAGUGUACCCCUGUUGGUACUGUGCAGACGAUUUCCGCAGUUGGCUCAAUAAACCAGAGAACAAACCAAAGCUGGGAGGUAAGGAAGAGUUCAGUCUCUGGCUUUGUGGUGCUCAUAAUCAAGUCAACAAUAAAUUGGGCAAGCCUCAAUUCAAAUGUGUAGACUGGAGAUCUCGUUGGCUAGACGGGUGGUCUGACGGAAGAUGUGAUUGA